UUUUGUCUUUCCUACUCAAUGCCGGCAACACUCCCUCAUUUUCUCCUACCAAUAUGUCGAGAAUCAUGAUCAAUUAGAUUUCUUUUGUUGUCUUCCCAAUUUGAACCGUUUCCUUUCCUUUCAUCAUGAUCAUGGGGCAUCUGCAGAAUCUCAUAACAUGGGCGAAAGUGUCCGGCGUAGUCAUCAGAGGCAUCGAGCCCAGCAGCAUCCCUGGCAGAGGCACAGGGAUUCUCGCUACGCGCAAAAUCAAGGUAAACAGCGGACCUGUUGGGUGUCUCACUCGCACUUGGAUGGGUCUAACGUUUUGCUCGCCCAAAAAAAAAUAGGCUGAAGAGGAGAUCCUGACGGUGCCUCUCCGGGUUCUUCGCCGCUUGGAGUCGGUGUCUAUGAGCGUGCGGGAGAAGUUGCCCGCAGACACGACUAUCCAGGGGUUGCUGGCUGCGGACCUGGCACUCGACAAUAGUCCUUACUUUAAGCCGUGGAAAGCUGUGCUGCCAAAGAUGAAGGAUUUCGAAGCAGGCAUUCCCAUGUUGUGGCCGAGGGAGCUGAGUGAUCUUUUGCCUCUGGAGUCAAGAGAUAACCUCCGGAAACGUGAAAAGGAGUUUCAGAGCGGCUGGAGUGUCUUCAGGGAUGCAUUUCCGGAGGUUCCGUAUGAGGAGUAUACGUAUGCCUGGAUGAUUGUCAAUACACGGACGUUUUACAACGAGACGCCGGAGACGUUGAAGUACCCCUGGGAAGAUAGGCUGGCGUUAAUUCCAGUGGCCGACUUGUUUAACCAUUCAGAUGAUGGGUGUAAAGUGUAUUAUUCGCCUGAUGCGUAUCAUAUAGUUGCGGAUCGGGCGUACAGGAAGGGUGAAGAGCUGUUCAUCUCAUACAGUAGGCACUCUAACGACUACAACUUGCUGGAAUAUGGAUUCAUCCCUGAUGAGAAUCCGUCUGAUGACGUCUACAUUGACGAUGUGGUGUUUCCCAAGUUGAGCAAGAGUCACAAGGAAGAACUCAAGAAGCGAGAUUUACUGGGAGAGUAUCCUCUGGGCUCUUCGACCGAGGAGUUUCGCCGCACGCAGGGAGUCUUGCGUUUGCUCUGCUGUACGACAAAGCAGUUUCAUGAGUUUCUUGACGGUAAGGAAAAGGGGCGGCUUGUUCAGGAUCGGGUUGAUGAAUACCUUGUUGGCUUACUUGAGGAAUUGUUGAGUGAUGUUGUUGUGAAGCGGUUGCAGCAGAUUGAGGAACUGAAGGUUGGAAGGGAAGACCAGAGGGCACUUCUGGCGAAACGAUGGAUGCAGAUUGAGGGAUUGGUGAGAAAGAAGAUUGAGACUUAUCGACUUGGCUCGAAUUAGAGGGGCUGUAUUAAAGGUAAUGGGAUAGAGGGGAUAAUGGAUGGGCAUCUACAUUAUACACGACAUAACACACCACAAUUAUAGAAUGGGGAAUUAGAGGGAUGGAGUUGCUUCUGACAAGCCAGGUAAAAUAGAUUGUUCGUUUCUUGCGUUGAUGCCUUUUUUGUCUAUAUCCAAAUUUAAACUUGACUCGC